UCAAACGACUAGGGACACACUAGGGAAACGAACGAUCGGCAGCAUAGAGUUGGACUUAAGUUUCAGUGUAGCUGUGUGACAACGAUCACAGCGAAUACUCGAGAGAUAGUUAUACUCGUUAGUUAAUAAUAACCGAUCGAUCGUUACUUGGUAGUUGAGCAGCAACCAAUUGGUUGCGGUGGUGGUGCUACGGCUUGCCACAACGGUGGGGAAGCAAGUAUUUAUUAUUUAGUUUUGGAAUUUUUGAGAACACAAACGUAAAUCAAAGCGCUAAUCAACUCGAGAGACACACGCCCAACUACAAACUAUCAAAGCAACGGUCCGGCUUUUGAAGCCCCCGUCAAAGGAGCGCAGUUUUUGCUGUCGCAGCAGUUUUCUUAUUUAUCAAACUGGAGAAUACGCGAUAUACGCCUGUCUAUACAACAGAACGUAUCAAAAUGACGCAACAACCGGAGUGGGGAAUACGAUUUUCGAGGUUUUUCCUCGUACCUCAGCGCGUGAUCCUUUCGAUCAUGGGCUUUUUUGCCAUACUCAAUGCAUAUACGAUGCGUAUAUGCCUCUCGGUGGCCAUUACCGAAUUGGUGGUUAAGAAAAAUCGCACCGAAAGCGAUGGUGGUGCGGAGGCAGUAUGCAUAGCCGACGGUUUGGACUCAGAAACAAGUGGUGGUGGUAUAUAUGAAUGGUCAGAAGAGUUGCAGGGCUAUAUACUUUCGUCCUUCUAUAUUGGUUACAUUUUGACGCACAUUCCCGGCGGUCUUUUGGCUGAGAAGUUCGGUGGUAAAUGGACGCUCAGUUUGGGUAUAUUGUCCACUGCUUUCUUCACUGUUAUUACACCACUUGCCAUCAUCCAUGGUGGUGCGACUUGGCUGAUUGUUGUACGCAUUCUGAUGGGUAUCGGUGAGGGUACGACCUUCCCGGCUUUGAGCGUAUUGCUGGCACAGUGGGUGCCAAUUAAGGAGCGCGGCAAAUUGGGUGCGCUAGUAUUGGGUGGCGGACAAGUCGGUACAAUUUUGGGUAAUCUGCUGUCUGGUAUAUUGUUGGACGCUUACGACUGGCCUGUGGUAUUCUACUUCUUCGGUGGCAUUGGAAUUGUAUGGUUCUUUAUUUUCACUUUCCUCUGCUACAGCGACCCAACCACACAUCCAUUCAUCAAACCAAGCGAAAAGGAAUAUCUAACCAAACACAUGGGUACCAUUGGACGCAACAAGAAUUUGCCACCCACACCAUGGCGCGCCAUCUUAACCAGUUUGCCAAUGUGGGCUUUGAUUUCAGCACAAAUCGGUCACGAUUGGGGUUUCUAUAUUAUGGUUACCGAUUUGCCCAAAUACAUGGCGGAUGUUAUGCAAUUCUCCAUUAAGGCUAACGGUCUGUACUCAUCACUACCAUACGCCAUGAUGUGGAUCUUCUCGUUGGGUUCAGGUUUCGUCGGCGAUUGGUUGAUUACACGUAAAAUCAUGAAUAUCACAAAUGUGCGCAAGAUGAUGACUGGUUUAGCUGCCUUUGGCCCAGCGAUCUUCAUGGUUGCCGCUUCAUAUGCUGGUUGCGAUCGUAUUGCUGUCGUCGCACUCUUCACCAUUUGCAUGGGUCUUAUGGGUGCUUUCUAUGCGGGCAUGAAGCUAACACCGCUCGAUAUGAGUCCCAACUAUGCGGGUACAUUGAUGGCGAUCACCAACGGUAUUGGUGCGAUUACCGGCGUUGUGUCACCAUCACUUGUGGGCUUAAUGACGCCAAAUGCUUCGCUACUCGAAUGGCGUCUCGUUUUCUGGGUCGCUUUCGGUGUGCUCGUCGUCACCGCUAUUGUCUAUGUGAUCUGGGCGUCGGGUGAGGUGCAAGAUUUCAACGAUCCACCACGAAGAAUCGAUUUUGAAGCCGAUGAGAAGGAGAAAGCAGCGGUUGGAACACAGCUUAAAAACAAUGAAACUUCGGCGCAAGUUGACACAACACACACUUAGAUUAUGUACGUAACUAUGUAAGUACAAGUAGCAUAAUCUAAAACGAGUAGAUACGAGGUGCACGAAAACUGCCGACCGAUCUGUGGACGAAAUAAAAGAAUUUACAAAUCAAAUUCUAAUUAUAAAAGUAUUUAUUGUAAUUAUAGUUUAAGCAAAAAAAAAACAAAAGAAAUGCAAAAAGUAGCAAACAACAACAACCAGACAACGAAAGUAACAAUCAUACAAAGAGUAUUGGAAAACAAAACAAGAGGAAAAAGACAAUCAAAAUAUUUUAUAAAUAAAAUAUAAAAUUACUAAAAAAUUUUGAAAACAAAAUGUAUUAAAUUGAGAAAAAAAUUAUAAUAAAAAAAUUAAAAAAUAUACAUAAAUUAAAAAAAUUAUUUAAAAAAAAAAUUAAUUCAAUAAAAAUUAUAAAAACAUAAAAUCAAUUUUUUUUUCGUAAAUUAUACCAUUUUUCACAGUUGUUGUUUGUUAUAUCCAAAGAUUCCGUAAACUAUUUGUGUAUAAAUAUAUAUGUAACUAAUUAAAUAAUUUUUAAUAAUACUUAGUAAUAUAUGUAUGUACAUACGAAAUUUGUAUUAGUUCUAUUAUUUAAUAAAGUGUGCUAUUGAACUUAGGCGCGCGUGUAAAACGAAAAAACAAACACAAACAAAUUGUAAUAAUUAGUUUUGCCUUGUAAUUGCUCACUUGUUGCGCACUGCAAUUAAAUUCAUUAUUCUUUCAAUAUUUACUUUAAUUAAAUUUAUUGUACAAUAAAACAAAAAAUAAGACAACCACACAAAAAAAA